CUGGACAAGAGGCCUUUCAGCUCACGGGGGGCCCCGCAGAGUCACCCGAUAGCCCCCGCGGCUCCCCCCGGGCCCCGCUGGCUCCCGUGGCGAGGCCGAGGACACCGGAUACCUUUAUCAGCCCCGGGAGCGGGGCUGGGCACGGAUCCGGCCCCGUGGAUGCGGCCCCGCGGCGCUGACAGAUGGGGGAUGCCGGCGGUGACACCGCGGGGUCACGGCGUGGCCACCGCGGUCACCUGGGGGUCCCUGGGGACUCCGGCAGGGAUUGACCCCAGCGAGGGACUCCGGUGCCCAUCCCAACCCUCCCAAUUUCCCCGAUUUUUCUGCGUCCCGGAGCAUCCAGGGGUGGUGGGGAGCACCCGAGGCUGGGCACAAGGAGCCCCCUGAAGUGAUGUUGUCACCCCGGCCCUGCCCGCGGGGUCCGCAGGUGCUGCCCGCUGCCACCCCGGGGGCUCUGCCCCCCACGCCCGGCCCCCGCGGGGGUGGCCGGCGGUGCCAGCCGGGCUGUCCAGCCCCGGUAUCGGAUCCUCCCGGAGGGAGGGGGCUUGGAGCUUAUUUAACGUGCCCGGCCGGGCCGGGAGGGCACACUCGGAGCGCGGGGAGCUCAGCCAGAGCCAUGGGAUCGCAGCUGGAAGGGGCCAUGGAGACCCUCAUCAACGUCUUCCACCACUACUCGGGCAAGGAGGGUGACAAGUACAAGCUGAGCAAGAAGGAGCUCAAGGAGCUGCUGCAGAGCGAGCUGGGAUGUUUCCUGGAGACCCAGAAGGACGCAGGGGCCGUGGAGAAGAUCAUGCAGGACCUGGAUGAGAACGGUGAUGGAGAGGUGGAUUUCCAGGAAUUCGUGGUCCUGGUGGCAGCCCUGACCGUGGCCUGCAACACCUUCUUCUGGGAGAACGCCUGACCCCCCCCCCUCACCGCAGCAGGACCUGGAUUCCCAAAAUCCAGAGCUCCCCUCCCCUCCCCACCACCCCUCAGCUCACUCCCUCUGCUCCCCAGCAUUCCCAGGGGAUCCCGCUGGGAUCCAGCUCCACAAUAAAGGCACCAAUCCAGCCCGA